AUGGCUUCAGCCGCAGCUACCUCAAGAUCCUUCAGCUAUUUACUUUUAGCCACUGUAAUUGCCGCCAUGUCAGCUGCCUUGGUGGCGGGCUUCCAAUUUCAGGUCGGCGGCAAAGGGCGAGGAUGGAAAAUACCAACCGGAGACGAGCCCGAGACCUAUAACGAGUGGGCCGCCAUGAACAGGUUCCGCAUUGGCGAUACUCUUUACUUUGAGUACGAAAAGGACUCGGUGCUGGUGGUGAACGACGCCGAUUACCUGAGCUGCAACACGUCGAAUCCCAUCUCUGAAUUCGAAGACGGAAGCACGGUUUUCCGGUUCGAGCAGUCGGGCCCGUUUUAUUUCAUCAGCGGGCUGCCAGGUCACUGCAAAUUGGGCCAAAGGCUCAUUAUCCGAGUCAUGCACCGUUCGGAGGUCUCGGCUCCGACCAUUGCACCCUCUCCGGCGCCAGCUGUCGGAGGUUCGAGAGGCGGCGGCUUUGGGGACGGGCGGGAAACGGGCGUGAGUUCGGCUGGGAAAAUCGCGGUUGUCUCAUGCCUUGUGAUUACCCUUUUAGGUCUUUUUGUUGGGGCCUACAUUUUCGUGUCUACAUUGUUCGAGUUUAGGAAGACGAGCCAUUUUUGGGACGUUUCUGAGACGUCCGAACCAUGUUCGAGUCAUCACCCGAGCCAUACGAACCGCCACUCGUGUGAAGGAGUCGAGACCCGACACUCGCUGGCGAACAAAGGGUCGCUAGCGCGCGAAACUAGGCGCGAGACCAGACGCCACUCGCAGUGA